AUGAAUAUUGUACGAAUGAGAAAGGCAUGCAAAGCAAUCUAUAACCUAGUUGUACUCAUGGGAGCUACACUCCAGAGCUCGGACAAUGGUGCAAACCCAAGUGAAAUCUAUAGCUUUGAUGAGUAUCCUGUGGAUGUCACUGAAAUAUCUAUAUGCAGACAAGGCAUUAGAUUUAUUGGCAGCGAUGUUGGGAGGUUAGUGAAACUAGAGAAGCUAGAUCUCAGUUUUAACAAUCUCGAGACAUUGCCACCCGAGAUAGGAGAAUUGAAGAAUUUACAGCAUCUGGGUCUAUAUGGCAAUAGGCUCAGAACACUACCAUCUGAGGUAGAAGAGUUGAAGAAUUUACAGCAUCUGGAUCUUAGAUACAACGAAUUUGAAUCAUUUCCAACAGUGAUAAGAAAACUAAAGAAUCUAGAAAGACUGAUUCUCAACGGUAACAAAUUUGGAUUAUUCCCAAUUGAGAUAGCAGAGCUGAAGAAACUACAGCGCUUGGAACUUCAUGAUAACAAGCUAAAGCUAUUACCAGACGAGAUAGGAGGGAUGAAGGAACUACAGACCUUGUAUCUUGGAUACAACGAAUUUGAAUCAUUUCCAACUGUGAUAGUAAAGCUGAAGAAUCUACAACAUCUGUUUCUUGGUGGUAACAAGCUUGAGACACUGCCAGUUGAGAUAGUAAAGCUGAAGAGUCUACAGAAACUGAAUCUUUUGAAAAACAGAUUUGAAAUAUUUCCAAAUGUAGUAGGAGAGCUGGAGAAUCUAAAAAUACUGAAUCUUAGUAAUAACAAACUCGAGACAUUACCAGACACUAUAGGAGAGCUGGAGAAUCUACAAGAACUGUAUCUUUUGAAAAACAGAUUUGAAAUAUUUCCAAAUGUAGUAGGAGAGCUGGAGAAUCUAAAAAUACUGAAUCUUAGUAAUAACAAACUCAAGAUACUACCAUCUGAGAUAGGAAAGCUGGAGAAUCUACAACAUCUGUUGCUUAUUAAUAACAAGCUUGAGACACUGCCAGCAGCAAUAGGAGAACUGCAGAAUCUGCGAGAAUUGAAUCUUGGUGGUAACAAACUUGAGACACUGCCAAUUGAGAUAGAAAAGUUAGCUGGUUCGUUGCGAUUACUGAAUUUAAGAGGCAAUAACAUUUCAGAGGUUGGAGAUGGAGAAAGGACUGUGGGAUGGAGAGAACUGAGAGAGAUAUUUGGGGAUCGUGUUGUGCUUAGCAGCGACAACGUUGAAUAUGAAGAAGAUGAAAUUUCAGUCGAGGACGUGUACAGAGAACUUAAGAGCAAGCCAAUGCACUGGAACUUCGAGAUGCUGAGAACACUCAGACCGCCGUCAGUUCCUGAGUUUAAACGCAGCGAGGAAGAAUUGGUGAGGCUGUGGAAUGGGAGCAUGUUUGUGAGGGAGUGGGACAGGCUGUGGCCCGGGGUCAUUGAGACGAUCGAGGCCAACAGAGGAGUCCUUGUGGCAGUGUAUGGAGAGGACUUUUCUGCACUGCUCAGGACAGAUGUAGACGGGGAGACCAGGAAUAGGAAUUUCACAGAGAUUGUUACAAAGGUUGCAGAGAACAAAGACAGCUACACCAGGGAACGAAACAUAUCAAAGCUCGCUGGUAAUGACAAAAGCACCUUUAUGGACAUGUGGGAGAAGAACAGCCGCAUGUUCAUAAUGGGCGACAACAAGAGAACAAUGGACGAGCUCAUACACCACAUCUACAAUCCAGACAAGGAGUACAGGAGGUGGAGGAUGAAGAAGAAGCACACAGGUCUGGCCAAGAACCUGCUUGGAUCCAUACUCAGUGUCCUUUCGAAAGAGAGUGAUGGGGAUGUGGUCUUCUCGAACAUCAAUGUGAUCUGUGAGGGGCUUGGGUAUUGUCCGGACAGACAGAUAUCCGAGAUGAUGUUU